UAGCGUAAACCGGGUGGUCCUGCAUCGGCCGGGUAGGGCAUCCAUCUGCCCUAAGUGUGUGUUUGCCUCCUGGGCUAAGUGUCGCAUUGUGUGUGUGUGUCGAAGGAGCCGAGCGGACUUGCUGCAGCUGCACACUCGGAGAUCAGAGCGAAAGCCAUGACGACCAGCGCGACCACAGUGCGGAUCCUGAUCAAGGGCGGCAAAGUGGUGAACGACGACUGCACACAGGAGGCCGACGUCUACAUCGAGAAUGGCGUCAUCCAGCAGGUGGGCAAGGAGCUGAUGAUCCCUGGCGGGGCCAAGGUGGUGGACGCCUCCGGGAAACUGGUGAUGCCCGGUGGUAUCGACACCAGCGUGCACCUGGAGGAGACCUUCAUGAACGCCACCACGGCCGACGACUUUUACAGCGGCACCAAGGCAGCCUUAGCUGGAGGUACCACCAUGGUGAUAGCGCAUGUCCUCCCAGACAAGAACGAGUCUUUGCUGGAGGCCUUUGAGCAGUGCCGCAGCUCGGCCGACGCCAAAACCUGCUGCGACUACGCGUUGCACGUGGGAGUCACUUGGUGGGGUCUCAAGGUGCGUGCCGAGAUGGAGAAGCUGGUGAGGGAAAAGGGCGUGAAUUCCUUCCAGAUGUUCAUGGCCUAUAAGGACAUGUACAUGCUGAGGGACAACGAGCUCUUCCAGGCCCUGCAGCACUGUAAGGACAUCGGUGCCAUCGCCCGAGUCCACGCGGAGAACGGGGAGCUUGUGGCUGAGGGUGCGAAGGAAGCCUUGGAGCUGGGCAUCAGUGGUCCAGAGGGCAUUGAGAUCAGCAGGCCUGAAGAGUUGGAGGCGGAGGCGACCCACAGGGCCAUCACCAUCGCCAACAGGGCCCGCUGUCCGAUCUAUUUGGUUAACGUGUCCAGCAUGGCAGCGGGAGACGUGGUGGCCACGGCCAAAAUGCAAGGGAGGGUGGUCUAUGGCGAGACCACCACCGCCCACGCUGUGCUCAAUGGUGCCCAGUACUACCACCAGGACUGGGCCUACGCCGCAGGGCACGUGACCCUGCCGCCCCUGCGCCUGGAGCCCAGCACACCCAAUUACCUCAUGAGCUUGCUGGGAAGUGACACUCUGAGUGUCAUCGGGUCUGACCACCGUCCCUUCACCACUAAGCAGAAAGCCAUGGGGAAGGAUGACUUCACCAAGAUCCCCCACGGGGUGCCGGGUGUUCAGGACCGCAUGAGUGUGAUCUGGGAGAAAGGCGUGAUCGGAGGCAAGAUUGAUGAGAAUCGCUUCGUUGCCGUCACGAGCUCCAACGCGGCCAAGAUCUACAACCUUUAUCCCAGAAAAGGAAGGAUCAUUCCGGGAGCAGAUGCCGACGUGGUGGUCUGGGAUCCCGAAGGCUCCAAGAUCAUCUCGGUGGAAACCCAGAUGCAGGGCGGCGAUAUGAACCUUUAUGAAGGUCUUCGCUGUCACGGCGUACCCUUGGUCACCAUCAGCCGAGGCCGGCUGGUCUACGAGAAUGGCAUGUUCACGUGUGCCGAGGGAUCCGGAAAGUUCUGCCCUCUGAGGACUUUCCCAGACUAUCUUUACAAGAAAAUGGUUCAGCGGGAAAAGUGCCAGGCGGCCAAGCGAGUGGAGCGCGAACCAUACACGGGAGAUGUGGUGGCCGUGGCAAACGCCGGAAAGAGGGACGUGAUGACCUCGGACCUAGACACUCCGACACGCCCCUGCACCCGUCACGGCGGUGUCAGGGACCUCCAGGAGUCUAGCUUCAGCCUCUCCGGUGCCCAGAUCGAUGACAAGAUCCCCAAAAGAUCUUCGGCCAGGAUUCUGGCGCCACCCGGCGGGAGGUCCAGUGGGAUCUGGUAGAUUCUGAAAACACCCGACGGAAAGGACGAUAUUCUGGAGGAAAUGUCCGUCCGAGCGAGAUAAGGUUUUACUUAGAAUAAUUGUGGGUAAAGUCGGUCAUCUUUUAAAUGUUUUAUUUCUUGUUAACUGAGCCCGGUUUCUUCGGUUUCUAAAGAACUGAAGCCCAAUUUGAACGGCAGUCGCAAAAUAUGGCAAUUUCACCCAAAGAAACAAAAUUUCAUCAAGCGAGUGUUAGGGAAUCUUGCUUCUUAGGUUACUACUUGAAAAGAAACGUGACGUCACGAGAAAUCGUGAGUCUUUUCUCACUGUAAACAAUUCAAUGUUUUGCACUUGUGGGGCGUCCGCCUUUGUAGCCGGCGUGGUGAUUUUAGCUUUUUUAUUUUGUAUUGUGAGCCGUGGUGAAUGAUGUGGCAAAAGUUGAAACCGUUACGUGGGCGACGUAUUGUACGCAUUUCGCCGCAGCUGAAGGAAAACAUGGUGCAAUUUGAAAUGUAUUUGUGUUUUUUUCUAUUGCGAUAUUUGCGCAUUGAAAUGAUGUCAACUCCCAAGUCAAGCUACCGCUGUGCAGUGUGCCCUCGUGAUAAAUGAGGGAACACUGUACAUCCGAUUUGAUGUCCAAACGAGGCUUCAUGCUGCUUUGGUUACUUAUAAAAUUUGGGGGGGCGUAAUAUACUCGAGUGUUUUCACUGGAUUUUGCGGUAGGUCAAGAAGGUGUAAGGUUGAAAGAAAAUAAUUUGAAUUUCUUUUUCACAUUUCUGCCAUCCAUUUAGCAAGAAACACGAAAUAGGUUCUGUUUUCAAGCGACCGUCACUAUUAAAGGAAACGCGUUAAGCACCAACAGUGGUCUGCGUUCUUUGCCGUGAUCUGCAUCUUCCACAAAAUGCAAAAAGAAAAAGGCUCACCUAAAUUGCCUUUUUUCCUCGCACUCGCAGUGUUUUGUACUGGCUGAAAUAAUCUAGACUGCACAUCUCGAUGUAUUUAUUAUCUUAGCACUGUGAAAAAUCCGCUGAUUGAAAGCAGUGAGCUUUGAAACACAGACAUGUCCUGAAGGCCACUCAAAUGCUGCCCGCUCCUUCAAGGAGGGUUCACAAACUGAAACGCACUGAUACUUUUUUUUUUUAUUGUUAUCUUCAGGUAUAUUAUAUGUUUGUCAUUUUACUUUGUCAAUAUUUGUCUUAGUCCUUGAUUUGUUAUUUUGAGUACCAUAUAAGACUUUCAGAACGUUAUUCUUACGAAACAAUACAUUGACGUAGUCUUUAUUUUUGGGGGGGGGUAACAUUUUUUCAUUCUUAGACCCAGAGGUUUGUGAAAAAAAAAAACCCAAAGUAAAACACUGGUGCUAAACAUUGUGAACACUAUGUAUGGUUUUAUUUCUUCCUUUCUCGCAUCGUCGCUCACAUCAUUCCAGUGAAAAUAAAUGACGGUGCAAUGUCUGCUUGAA